GUGAAAAGGCAGUUGGGGUGUGUUUCUCAGACCAUUGGCCAUGUGUCUGUGGUGAUCUGUAUUCCUUUGUUUGGAGAACUGGAAAGAUCAGGUUUGAAGACAUCUUUAACGAAUAUGGAAUGGCCACAUAAGGAUUAUUGUUUCUCUCUGAGAUAUUCAAACAAAUCAUUGUAUUCACCAUCAAGUUUCUCAUCGAUAACACAGAGACAGAAUCUUAUCUGUUUCCUCAGAAACCCACACUAUGGCAGCCUUAUUUAUGCUGAUGGUCAUGGUGAAGUGUGGACAGACUGGACUAACAUGUCCAAGUUUUUUCAGUACGGAUGGAGAUGCAACACUAAUGAGAAUUCCUAUUCAAACCGUACUCUGAUAGGCAACUGGAACCAGGAAAGAUAUGACCUAAAGAAUAUUGUAAAACCUAAACCCUUGCCUUCCCAGUUUGGACACUACUUUGAAGCAACAUAUGAUGCAAGCUACAACAGCAAAAAGCCACAAUCAGCCCAUAGAUUUAAGCGAGAGCCUCAUUGGUUCCCUGGACAUCAGCCUGAACUGGAUCCUCCUCAAUACAAAUGCACAGAAAAGUCAACUUUUAUGAAUAGCUACUCAAAGCCUCUACCUACUCAUUACUCUUGUACAGAGUGUUGCAGAGAGAAGACCAGAAGACCAGGGAAGGUGAAUGACUCGCCUGGGUUUGUACCACUAGGAAGUGCUGCCAGUCAUUCUGACCCAAAAGUCCUUGGAGUCCCCUGAAUCAUAGAUGG